GAUGCUUAGAAAGGACGAGUUGAAUUUCUAAGUUUUUAUUUAGUAUUUAGUGCAAUAGAAAGUGCUUAAAUGAUAUUAAUCGAAUUAUUUAUUGUACAUUUUAGGAAUAGCGUAAUUAAGCUUUAAUAAAACAUUCCACAUAAAAAUUUAUGAAUGCAAUGCCGGAUCCCAUACUCCAACAAAGGAACCCUGUAGUUUAUUUGGACAUUUCAAUUGACGGAGAACACGCUGGUCGUAUAUUAAUAGAAUUGAGGUCGGAUGUUGUUCCAAAAACUGCAGAAAAUUUUCGCGCACUAUGCACGGGAGAAAAAGGCAUUGGUAUAUUUGGACAGCCAUUGCAUUACAAAGGAUCUAAAUUUCAUAAAGCUAUUACACAGUUCAUGGUGCAGGGAGGCGACGUGGUACAUGGAGACGGUACCGGCAGCGAGAGCAUUUAUGGACAAAUAUUCGAUGAUGAAAAUUUUGAACUACAGCAUAGGUUUGAAGGUGUUCUAAGUAUGGCAAAUGCAGGUCGGCCAAAUACAAACGGUUCGCAGUUUUGUAUAACAACAGUACCAUGUCCACAUCUGGAUGGAAGGAAUGUGGUGUUCGGAAAAGUGCUAGCUGGCUUGGGUGUUGCGCGCGAGAUGCAACAGUGCGUUAUGGACGAUCACUGUACACCAGUUGUGGACUGCGUAAUAGAAAAUUGUGGCGAGAUCACGGAUCCAAAUAUUUGGGAUGUUUUUUGCAAAGAUGAGACUGAUGAUCGGUUACCAGAGUACCCCGAAGACCAUCCGCAUAUAUGUAAAUUUAGUGUAGACAAGUUAAUGAAUAAAUUAGCGGACGUGAAGAACGCAGGCAAUCAUUUCUUCAGCAAGGCGCGGUACAAAACAGCUGCAAGGAAGUACAAAAAGUGUUUGCGAUACAUUGACCACGUUAAAGCACAGAUUGACAAAUUGAACGAUACAAGAAAAGAUGACUUGUAUGAUACCACAAUUACCUACAUAAUACAAUGCAAUUUGAACCUUGCGGCGUGCUACAGAAGACUAGAAGACAAUGUUUCUUGUAUAAAGUAUUGCACAGAGGUUUUGCACAUAGACCCGCGUAAUGACAAAGCACUUUAUCGGCGAGGUCAAGCAAAUUUCGCUCUCAAAAACUACGACUUGGCGCUUUCAGAUCUCCGACAGGCAGAAAAGGUAUCUCCGAACGACAAAGCUAUACUAAAAUUACUUAACGAGGUACGGCGGUCUAACAAAAUCUACAACGAUAUGCAAAAACAAAGACUGUCAAAAUUUUUUCGUGAGCAAACGGAGAAAAUCACGGUCGGAUACGACUGAAUUAAGACUUAAAGUAGUUAUAUACGAUAUUCAUAGAUAAAACAAAUUUAUGCAAGUAUAUGUUAUCCGUGUCUGUGGGGCAAGAUAUUAGGAAACUUGGCCAAGUUUCCAAAUUCAAUGUGCGCGUUCACAGAGUGCAAUUUUCUAAUUUAAAACAUAACUGUACAAUUGGAAAUGAAAUUAUCUUUUCGGGGUUAAAUUUAUUGUCAAACUUAAGAACACGUUUCUGAAACAACGACGGUACCACAAACAUCC